AUGCCGUUCGCGUGGGAUAUUUUGGUAUUUAAUAUCUUCAAUUAUAUCUCCCAAAGCAGUAUACUGACAAUACCAAGUAUCUGCGUGAAGACAAAUGACCAAAUCAGGUGCACUUCAAGUGCAUUCUCUUCUCCAGACACCAUCAGGAAACGUCUGAUGAUAGAAAUUCGGGGAGCUCUUCCAGAAUUGCCCAUCAACCAAGCUAUAAAACUGCAAGCCGCAGCGUUCAUCAACGCCGUUUCUGUGGCAGUGGUAUUGUUCUGCUUCAGUUUGAUUUUCGGCCUGCUCCAGUACCACAGUACCCGCAAACAGCCUAUAAAGAGAGCAUCUAGAUGUCGUUGGAACUUCUUCCGUCAGGCCUCACUUGCAUGUGCAUGCAGUGCUUGCGCUUUUAAAUUGGCAGCUACACUUGCAAUCACCGGAGUGAGUGGCAUAUUUGCUAUUGGCUUCAGAUCUGUGUAUACGAUCAAAACCGGAACUGUAUCUUUGGCAUUGCAUUGGACCGUAACCAUACUUUGCUUUUUGGUCUGUAUUGGCUUGAUCAUGCUUCGCCGUACGACAAGCGAUGUAAUUGGGGGCUCAAAGCCGGUUAUGUUUGAACAAGGUAUUAAGAAGCAGGAUUUCCCUCUAGAUCCGGACGGUUUUGGGACAAUGAACUAA